UCGGGAGGAACGAAUUGCCCGCCCAACUGUCUCCUCGUCUCAAACCCUAAACCCUCCCGCGAGUCGCCUCUGCUCCUUCCUCGCUCUCGGGCCUCUCUGCGUCCGUCCAUUUGCUCAUCUCUACCCCUCCCAGGUCGCUACACUUGUUUUGGAUCCUUCCGAGGUCGCGGAGUGCCGGCGCCAUGAGUAGUUGGAGAGGUUUACUUAUCAGGAUCGGCGACAAAUCCCCCGAGUACCACGGGAGCCCCGAUUUCGAGGAACACAUUGAAACGUGUUAUACUGUUCUAUCUCAGGAGCUAGAGCAUUCUGAGGACGAUAUCUUAUCGUUUCUGUUGCAAUGUGCUGAACAGCUGCCACACAAAAUUCCUUUAUAUGGAACCUUGGUGGGCUUGUUGAAUCUGGAAAAUGAAGAAUUUGUUGAGAAGGUUGUUCAACAGUUACAAGGAAAUUUCCAAGAGGCCUUAGAUGUUGGUGACUGCAACAAAGUUCGCAUUCUGAUGCGAUUUCUGAUUGUGCUGAUGUGCAACAGUGUUCUUCAGCCAGGUGCUGUAGUUGAGAUUUUGGACACACUACUUUCAUCUGCAGCUACAACCGUUGAUGAGGAGAAAGGCAAUCCUUAUUGGCAAGCACGUGCUGACUUUUAUAUUAUGUGUAUUUUGUCAUGCCUCCCAUGGGGGGGUGCGGAGUUGGCUGAGCAAGCCCCUGAAGAGAUUGAGAGAGUUAUGGCAGGCAUUCAAUCAUACUUUAAUAUCAGAAGACAUGCUUAUGAUGCUGAGUUUUCUGCUUUCUCCUUGAAUGAUGGAAAUGCAGCGGAUUUUCAUGAAAAGGAUUUUUUAGAGGACUUGUGGGAUCGCAUUCAAAGUCUCUCCAAUAAUGGAUGGAAAGUCGAUAGUGUCCCCAGACCACAUCUUUCAUUUGAAGCACGUCUGGUUGCUGGAAAAUCACACGACUUUGGUCCUAUAAGUUGCCCAGAACAGCCUGUUCUUCCACCAUCACUUUCUGGGGUCACAAGUGGUAAACAGAAAUAUGAAGCUGAGAUGAACUAUCCUCGAAGGCUUGGUAGACUUAAUAUCUUUCCUGCAAGCAAAGCUGAGGAGAACAUGCAGCCUAUUGAUCGGUUUGUUGUGGAAGAGUAUUUGUUGGAUGUGCUGCUGUUUUUCAAUGGAUGCCGCAAGGAAUGUGCUGCAUACAUGGUUGGGCUGCCUGUACCGUUUCGAUAUGAGUAUGUGAUUGCUGAGGCAUUGUUCUCCCAGAUCUUAUUGCUUCCACAUCCACCAUUCAGACCAAUGUACUAUACGUUGGUUAUAAUUGAUCUUUGCAAGGCCCUUCCAGGAGCAUUCCCUGCAGUUGUUGCUGGAGCUGUACGCUCCCUCUUUGAGAAGAUUGGAGAUAUGGAUAUGGAAUGUCGCAAUCGGCUCAUCCUGUGGUUUUCACAUCACUUGUCUAACUUCCAAUGUAUUUGGCCAUGGGAAGAAUGGUCUCAUGUCUUGGAACUUCCAAAGUGGGCGCCCCAACGAGUUUUUGUGCAGGAAGUAUUGGAAAGAGAGGUCCGAUUGUCAUAUUGGGACAAGAUCAAACAGAGUAUAGAGAAUGCCCCAGGAUUAGAGGAGCUGCUUCCGCCUGUGGGUGGGCCCCUUUUCAAAUACUCCGGAGAUGAUAAGGAGAGCACAGCAGAACUUGCUUUAUCAGCUGAACUGAAAAGUAUGGUGAAGGGAAGAAAGACAGCUCGUGAACUAAUUUCAUGGAUCGAGGAGCAUGUAAUACCAACAUGCGGCCCAAAAGUAGCUAUUGAGGUGGUUGUCCAGACUCUUCUUGAUAUCGGGGCAAAAAGUUUCACACAUUUAAUCACUGUGUUGGAGCGAUAUGGUCAAGUCAUUGCAAGAUUAGCCGCAGAUCAGGAUCAACAGAUUUUAUUGAUAGAAGAAAUCAGUGCGUUUUGGAAAAAUAGUGCUCAAAUGACAUCCAUCACCAUUGAUCGCAUGAUGGGUUAUAGACUUUUGUCUAACUUAGCAAUUGUUACUUGGGUUUUUUCUCCUGCUAAUAUUCAGCAAUUCCAUACUUCAGAUCGGCCAUGGGAGAUACUGAGGAAUGCAAUCAGCAAAACAUGCAAUCGUAUCUCUGAUCUUAGGAAAGAGAUCGCUGUGUUGGAGAAAAGUGUGCUGUCCACUAAGGAUGCAGCUUCAAAGGCUGUAGGUGAGCUUGAGAGUGCUGAAUCAAGGCUUGAGGUUGUAAAUGGGGAACCUGUGCAAGCAGAGACACCAGGGAGAUUGAAACGGUUGAAAUUGUAUGCUGACAAAGCAAAGGAAGAAGAAGUUGCAGUUCAGGAGUCCCUGGAAGCCAAACAAGCUCUAUUUGCACGAGCAUAUUUGGAGAAUGAGGCAUUCUUCAUUGAAUUAUAUAGAAGUUUUCAUGAUGUGCUUGUGAAGCGUAUGCCAAAAUUUUCUGGCGAUGACCAAGACCUUCCCAAAAACGAGAAUGAUGAUGCAAUGGCGGUUGAUUCUGAGGAACCUUCUGCAGUGGAUGCAAACAAUCAUCAGAAGGGACAACCGAGGCCACGCAAUUUGAAUCUCAAUGGUAUAAGUAAUGGCUAUGAUGUGGGAGAGGCUGAGCAAUGGCAACGCUGUGUUUUGGGCUAUGCAAAGUCCUUUACGAUGCAGUAUGCUGAAGAGAUUUGGCCACAUAUUGAAAAAUUAGACAGCAACGUGCUCGUGGAGGAUGCACAUCCACUGCUUGUCGAAGCUGUAUACGCCGGACUACGACGUCAGUACAGAUGAUAGUCACAUUUUUCUUGGUAGUUUAAUCACACCAUGUAACAUUAAUGCAUAGGAUUGUAGUUAUUUAUUCUCUUUGUGAAAAGUAUUAUGUAAAAUUAUACAAUGUUCUGUUCUAAUUAUGAAAUGUCUCUUGUCCUGCUCCUUUUCA